UGUGCAGUUUUAUUUUAUAAAAAAAAAAUCUUAAAUAAAGCCAUAAAAUGAAGCCCAAGUCAAAGAAAAACGUGAAACCGUUGUUAUCAGACAAAAUAGCCGAUGCAUUGACGAUAAAACCGCGUGCGGACAUAGAAGACGACCAAGUUUUUGGCACAAAACCUCAUACCGUUUCGCGAGCAGACCUCAGCUCAUCUGAAAGCGAGGACGACGCCGCUAUUAGUGACUUUCGGAAAAGGAAUGUUAAUUUACUAAGUGAGAUAAGUAAAAAGUACGAAGGGCAAGUGGUAACCAGGAAAGAUCUUGAUAAAAAUACCUCCGAAAGUGAGAUCGAGAGUGACUCUGACGGUGGCGACGAUGGCGGAUUUCAGUCAAAACUGGCCUCAAUUGCGAGUAAAUUUAAUCAAGAAGAUUCUGAUGGUUCGGAUGAGGAACAGCGAGAUAGCCAAAAUGGUAAAAAAUCAUCAGAUUCUGAUAUUAGCUCAGGCGGCGAGAGUGACGACUAUAGUAUUACUCAGCGUCAGAAAGGGACAGAAAGCGAUCACUCUGAAGAAGAUGAUGAUGAUGAUGGAGAAGGUUACGACAUCAGUCAAAUGGAAGAGCCUGUAAAAGAGGAGUUUGAGCAUAUGAAGAAACAGAAUGUUUCCGAGGAGGCAAAAAAAGGGGCUAGUGUCAGAAACCAGCUAUUAGUUUGGGAAGGCUUGCUAGAAAUGAGGAUACACCUGCAACGGUGCAUGAGCACAGCCAACCAGAUGCCACUUCCGGAGGUUCAUAAAGAUUUGAGGCAAAAUAAUGAGUUUGCCGAAGCCUGCAAUACUGCGACUAGCAAUAUUGCUAGUGUCUUAGAUAAGUUCUUAUCCCUACAAAGCAUGCUACUAAAAGGCUUUCCUGAAACUAAAGCGCUGUCCCCAAAAAAACAGGCUACAGUUACUGUUGAAAAGAAAGAAGAAAGUGACGAGGAAAUACCAAGCGACACUGACAAUGAAGAAAUACCAUCAGACACGGAAGAAGAAGACAACAUACCAGUCGAAGAUAAAUCUCCAAAGAAAACAAGCAAAGAACAGCCACAGAAGAAACGUAAACUAACUGACUAUGAAAGUGAACUGGCCACCGCACACAAAGUGUUCAAACCAUUCAGAGAUGCCACCAUCCAGAAGUGGAAUGAAAAGACCCGUUUGGCUACCGCUACUAACAUCAAAAACGCGCCAUCGAACACUAUCCUGCAGCAAAUAUCUUAUAUCCUAUCGGAUAGAAGUAAAUUAGUUAAACGCACACAGCUGAAGCGCUCAGAAUACGAUAUAGUUGGAUACAAAAAGGAGCCUAAUGACUUAGAAAAUAAGGAAGCGAAUGAAGAGAACCCAGUUACGAAGGACAGGAAAGAUGAUGAUGAAUACAUAACAGAAAUAUUUGAUGAUAGUGACUUCUACCAUCAGUUACUCCGAGAGCUUAUUGAGUGUAAAUCAGCGGAUAUAUCGGACCCUGUACAGUUGAGUCGGCAGUGGAUAGCCCUGCAGCAGAUGAGGAGCAAAAUGAAACGGAAAGUUGACACGAAGGCUACAAAAGGACGGAAGAUCAAGUAUGUUGUACAUAACCAACUGGUUAACUACAUGGCACCGGAGAAAUGUACUACAUGGACAGAUGAGAGCACCAAUGAACUGUACAGCUCACUGUUUGGGAAGAUGUUUGAAUAUAAUAAUGUAGGAUUGAAUGCUAAUUUAGAGAAUGGAUUGAAAAUAAAAGAUUAAUUUUACAUU